UGUAUAUGAAGUGGCUACAGGUGUUGAUGGUUAGUUAUCGGGUGACUGGGAUCCUGACCAUGUGACCGGCUCGUCUCGACAGCUGUCCCGCUCUGUCCGUCCAAUUGACUUUCGCUUUCGCGUGAGAAACGCAACCUUUCAAAUGGCGUCCCAAGAAGAAACGAAGAUAUCAACGAAAAGAAGCAGCAUGAGUCCUCCUCCAAACUUGUCUGAAUUAAGGAUUUGGUUGUUGGGAGAAGACUGUGCUGAUAAGAGUUCAGUGGGAAACUUGCUCUUGGGAAGAAAUGAAUUUGGAAGAGAAGCUUCAAUCCUACUUCAUCCGUGUGCUGAAUCAGGCAGAGGACAGAUUAAGGAUCAAAGCAUAUCUGUGGUCAUCACACCAAAUCUGUUUAAAAGAGAUGUUCUUGCAGAUGCAAUUACUCAUGAACUAAAAAAAUGUGAGGCCAUGUCUGCUCCAGGUCCACACAUACUUCUGCUAAUUCUGCAACCAGAAACGUCCAAAGAGAAGGUGAACUAUAUGAGUAACACCAUGAACUCCUGGUCAAAGCACACAAUGAAUCAUACUCUGGUAGUGGUGAUGGAGGGAGAGAAGAAAAUCAGUACUUCUAAAGAGGAAAAGCUUCAACAUUUAUUUAAAGAAAAAUGCCACAAAUUAAACGCAUUAUUGACAGAUCAACACAGUUUAGUCACUGAACUAUUUGACAAAAUCAUGAACUUGGUGAAGAAGAAUGAAUGGAAUUCUCUCAUCUUUGAAAUAUAUGAAUCACCACCAGAGAUGCCACAAAAGAAAAAAGCCAUGGAGAAAUUUGCAGGAUUUUCAUCAGACUUUAAACACAAAAUUGCAUCAAUUGUGCAAACAUCGUCUCAGAGCACAAGAAACAAAGAAAGGCCUGUUCUCAAUUUGGUGAUGUUUGGAAGUAACAGAGCUCAGAAGACUUUAGCUGUGAACACAAUACUGGGCCUCAGAGAGUCUGCAGAAUUGUCUGAAUCUGAAAGCCAUCAUAAAUGUGUCAGGAGAGACGGUGUGAUAUGUGGACACAAGGUCACCCUGGUUGAGAUGCCGAAGCUAAACAAAACAUCUAUUUCUCAGAAGGAAAUGCUGCAAGAGUCUUACAAUGCUCUGUCUUUAUGUUCAUUUAACAUAAACGCAUUUCUCCUGGUCCUCACUGUUGAUUCUCUCACUGACGAUGAUAAAGGAGAAUUUAAAUUAAUGAGUGAAAUUUUCAACACAGCUGAUGAGAAGUUCUGGAAUUGUCUGAUGAUAAUUUUCCUAUAUGAAGGGAACAGAGAGGACAUGAUUGCCAAUGAAUUCAUACAAGAAAACAAAGACAUUCAGACAUUACUGAAGAAAUGUGGGAACAAACAUUACAUACUCAGUGUUAAACAAAGACCUGAUAGUGCACAGCUUUUAGAAAUGCUUCAUAUGAUUUAUACAGUUACUUGUUACUCAUUGGAAACAUAUCAGCAGGCUCAAAUGGAUGAUAGACUUCAACUAAAGGCCAAAAAUAAACAAUUAGAGGAAGAAAUCAGAACGUUGAAAAUGAUUAAUGAAAAAGAUGAGACUGAAAGAUCAAAUACAAACUCUAUGAGGAUUCUACUUAUUGGAAAAACUGGAAAUGGGAAAAGUGCCACAGGAAACACUAUUCUCAAAAGAAAGGCAUUUAAAUCUCAAGCCAGUUUUAAAUCAGUGACAUCCUCUUGUCAGAAGGAGGUGGGGUUUGUUGAUGGACAUUCAGUCACUGUUGUUGAUACACCAGGUCUGUUUGACACACAAGUCUCUACAGAAGAGGUAAAGCAAGAGAUAGUGAAGUGCAUCAGUCUCCUCUCUCCAGGACCUCAUGUGCUCCUUCUGGUGCUUAGAAUCGGAAGAUUCACUCCUGAAGAAAAAGAAACUCUGAACCUGAUCAAGGAAACGUUUGGGAAGAACGCUGGAAUGUUUAGCAUCAUAAUAUUCUCUCAUGGUGAUCAGCUGCAAGAUCAGACAAUUGAGAGCUGUCUGGAAGAGGCAGAUUCAGAUAUGAAGAAGCUGAUCAGAGAUUGUGGAGGAAGAUAUCAUGUGAUUGACAAUACAAAACCAGACAAUUCUAAACAAAUCACUGACUUGCUGGAAAAAAUCAACUGUAUGAUUGAAAAGAAUGGAGGAGGGUGUUACACCAAUGAGAUGUUUGAAGAAUCAGAAGGUGCCAUAAAACUAGCAAUGGAAAGAAUAUUACAGAAAAAGAAAGAAGAGAUGGAAAGAGAUAACAAACGUUUAUGUGACAAACAUGCGUUGGAGAUGGCAGAGAUGAAGAAAAGAAUAGCAGAACAAAGAGAGUUAAUGGAAAGAGAAAGGAAGGCAAAGGAAGAAGAACUCCAAAUCAAGGAAGAGUUCUUGCAAAAUGAACUUAAGAGAAGGGAUGAACAAGAAAAGAAGGAGAAGAAAGAAAGACAAGAAGCUGAAGACCUUAGAAGAAUAGAAGAGGAGGAUACACAGGCACUAUGGAAAAGGAAACUACACGAAAUAGAAGAGAAACGAAGAAGAUUAGAAGAACAGCAACAGAAGAGAGACCAGGAAUAUAGAGAGAAGUAUGAGAGAGAGAGGACAGAAAUGGAGGAAAUUCAUAAAAAGAGACUGAGGAGAGAACAUGAAGAAGAAUACCAGAAAAGACUUAAAGAGGAGAGGAGUGAAUGGGCACUGAAAGAAAAGAUGAUGGUUGAAGAAUUUGAACAAGAAAAAAGAAAAAGAGAAGAAAAAGAACAUGAAAGGAUUAAGAAUGAGCUUAAAGAAAGAGAGAGAAUAGAGAGAGAGUAUGAGAACAGUAAAAUAGAGAUGAGAAAACAGAGAGAAGAAUGGGAAAAAUCAUGGAAUGAAGAAUGGGAUAAAAGAGUGAGAGAAGAGAAGGAGAGAAGGGAUGAAGAGAGAGAGAAACUGAGAAAGCUUGAAGAAGCAUUUCAGCGAGAGCGUAAAGAGGAGGAGGAGAAGAGGAAGAGAGAAGAUAAAGCCCGACGAGAACAGGAGGAGAAAGAACGAAAAGAAAUGGAGGAAGAAUAUGAAAGGAAAUUAAAAGAAAUGAAGAGAAAGUUUGAAGAUGAGGCCAGAAAACAAGCAGAGGAAUUCAAUGAUUUCAGAGAGAAAUAUACUAAAGACUUUCAUGUUCUCAUGUUAAAGCAUAACUUAGAGAUGCAAGAGCUAAAGCUAAAGCAUGAAAGAGAGAAUCAAAAAGAGUGCACCCUAUUGAGUGAACUCUCAAAGCAAAAAGUGAAAAGUCUGAAUGAAAAAAUGGAAGCAAUGGAAGAGCAACAUCAAAGAGAGGUUGAUGACCUGAAGAAGAAGUCCAAAUGUGUCAUACUGUAACACUGAUAUCUUACUAUUUAUAGCCUUACAUGAAUAAUGUUAGAAGAUUGAAGUGAGCAUCUUGUAUGUGCUUUAAAGGGGUCAUGAACUGAGGUCAUUUGAUAUAUACUAUUCUUGCGGGUUUGACCAGUAGUGUCCAUCUAUGAGGAAUUACCAUAUUUCAUAUCUCUCUCUACUCCCAGAUAAAUAUUGUAUCCUUUUUAAAACAUCGUUUAUAAGGGUUUGUAUGGACUGUCUCCAUAUAUCCCAAAUAUCCCCGAUCUCCUAUAGCGCCUACAGGGAACUUAACUACUAGUCUUCAGUUGACUGAUCUAAAGACACUUCUGAAAUCAAGAGGAGAUCUCAUUUCUGAUGUCUUUUCAGUAGCUGCUCCACAACUUUGGAACUCUAGGCCAUCCUAUAUAAGAUAUGCACCAACAUACAGUGGGGGAAAUAAGUAUUUGACACAUCAGCAUUUUAUCAGUAAGGGGAUUUCUAAGUGGACUAUUGACACAAAAUUUCCACCAGAUGUAGCCAACAAGCCAAAUAAUGAAUUCACAUAAAGAAAUCAGAGCAUUUAAUUAUAUAAGUUGAGUAAUAAUAAAUCACAAAGCAAUAAUUUGCUAUUGACAUCCAUUUCCCAUUUCCAAGCAAUUAAUAUUUUUAUGUAAAGCUAUUUUAUUUUAUUUUAUUUUUUCAAUUUAGAUGGGGCGGCUUAGGUGGACUACCAAGUAAACCUACAACCUAUGAAAACCUACAGAUAUGAAGCUGGAUAUGUAGUUUUGAAAAUCUCCCAGCAUAUUAAUAUUGUUUUGAAGUCAUAAUAUGAUAUUCUUCAAGUAAUUGUGCAAAAAUUUCACUUUAUUAACUUUAUUAUGAA